AUGAAUCACACAUCUGCCAGGCCAAUUUCGCUCAAAUUGGUCUACCUCUGUAUCAUAUUGUUCGCAAGUCCGCGUAUUGUCGACACAUUGGAAAACAGGCACAUCCUAAGAGCAAAUGGACUUCAUAACACACAUCGCACAGCGUUCCAGACUCUGGACCUAAUAAAGAUCUUUGGGAGGCUGAGUGAACCAUCCCUAAUCGGCAAUGUUAUGGCAACAUCUACGUCUAUACUUGGCAAAAAUAGCCAGUUGACCUGGAAAUUGUUGUUCAAAAACGAUAAAGAAAAGAUUAAUGUAGCAGAUUUCAAAAAAAGACUCACAAGAAUCCGAUUUAAAUGGCCUAAGGAGUACAUGACCAACAAGCAACUCCCAUUUCUUAUUCCCCUCAAAAGUAGAUCAUUGUUUAAGAUAAAGUGUAAACCUAUCAUGGUUAAUCCUACACUCUUUUCCGAAAUUUCGGCAGGGCUAUGCACACGGAAUUACAAGGCGGUUGGAGACCACAUAGACGCUCAACGCAUCGAUCCUGAAUCUAUAAGUGCAACUUUCAAGGCUCUGAGUUGUGAGGAGGAGUUCCUCACAGUGGAACAUGUUCUGGCCUAUAUAAACUAUAUGUCACCGCUCAUGGAAAUGGUCAAUUGGAAUAGCUUUAUAUCAUCUCUGCCAGUAGGGCCAGAAGACAUUAAAAUUUAG